AGGAAGAGACCACCAAAGCCAUCGAAUCAGUGAGAGAUGAUGCGCUAGGUGCGGUGGCCAGUGAAAGCAAGGAGGCAGUGGCGGCUCUGGAGACAAAGUUUGGCGAGGCCACAAGAGCACAAAACGAGAUGAAAGACAAACUGGAGCAGCUGCAAAAAUCCGACGAAGAUUUCAUGCAGGCCUUGAGCAGCGAAGAGCAGCGCGCCCGCCGUGCAGAAGAGGCCCUGCAGGAACAGCUGGCUGAAGCGCAGAAGGUGAGUUCAUCCUUAGCGGAGAAGGUGGAGGAGACGCAGAAACACGCGGAGAAAGCGGAGGCUGAGGCCAAGGUGGCGCAAGAGUCCGUGGCCGAAGCCAAGGCCAAGAGCGAAGCGGAGAGCAAGGCAGCAGAUCAGACCUUGGAAGAAGAACUCGCGAAGUUGAAGAAGGAAUCCGCAGAGGAGAGUAAGGUGCAGCUGGAGAAACUGCAAAGUUUGGAGCAGCAGAUCAAACAGCUGGAGGAGGCGGAGAAGAAGGCCGAGGCGGUGGCAAUGGACAAGGAUGCAGGAGUUCGGAAGGAACAGGAGCAACACAAGGCUGACCUGGAAGAUCUCAAGAAACGUUUGAAGGAAGCUGAGACCCAGGAUGCCGAGCUCAAAAGGGAAAGCAGCGAGCUGCGGGAUCUCCAAGGUAAACAGCAGGAGGAGCAAAGCAAAGCGACACAGGAAGUGCAGCAGAGGCAGGAAGCCGCGGGGGAGGAGCUGAAGUCGCUGCAGAAGAAGCUGGAGGAGCUUUCCAGCAUGAAGGAUGCAGCAGCAAAAAGUGAGGAGUUGGUACAGAGUUGCCAGACGGAGGUGACCAUCUUGCAAGAAAAGUUGGACCAAGAGGUGGGCACGGUGAAGUUGCGCAUGGAGGGUGGCUUCAAGGCCUUGCUUCAGCGCCUCGAAGCUGAGAAGUGGCUGCGCGAGAAUGUGGACACCGUGGCUGAUGGUGUGUCCAACUCCUUCCUACGGCUGCUGGACAAGUCCUCUGACAAGUUAAAGGAGCGCGUGGACAAGUUGGAGGGUGUGGAAUGAACAUCGGCGACUUACUCGGCCGUGACGCAGGGAGGCAUCGGCUUGUACAUAAGCGAAUGGGGCAUUGCAGGGAGGCUCCCAGCUGCGUGUUGAACAGAC